GCUUAGUGUGUUUGGGGAGGGGCUGAUUUGUUCACACAUUGUGCUUUUUCAUCAGCAGGACAGUGAGGCAGGCAGAGCUGAAGGUUGACUGACGGUAACACUGCGUUCACCACAUCACCUUCAUUAACUGCACCAUCCGUCAACCGCUGCUUUGGCUUGUUUGGCCAAAUCCUACAAACCUUGCGCGUCUUUUUUCGGGGCAGAUGGGUCGGUGUGGCCAAGUUUACUUCACCAACUAGUUGUCUAAGUUUGGACUAAUGAACUUGUGACAGAUUACUGCGAAGGAUCCAGAUGCGUAAAACUGCGUACGGGUGCUGUUUGGCUUUUUUACGCACGGACCCCAAUCAUCUACACUUGAUCAGAGUUUGAUUUUUUUUAAAUUCUCUGCAUCCAAAGAAAGGAAAAAGGAGGAGGACCCACGCUCCAUCGCCGGUCUCGUGCCUUCUUUGUACACAGCAGCAGCUGCAUGUAAAUGCAUGGGGCACACGGCGUCUGCUGCUCCCUGAGCCACAGUCCUGCCUACAUGUGGGCUCCCUCGGAGGUGAAAGUAUCGAUCCAGGUGUAGAAGAGGAAUAUCAAAAGUUCACCUGCACACACGGCUCUAGUUUACCCUGCUGAAGAGUCCGUCUCUGCGCGUCACCUCUCUCUCUCCCCCUCCUCUCUCUCUGUGUUUGCGCUUGGAUUGUAAACGCCUGAAAACAAAUUGAGCUCCGUGCAGCGCUGCGCGGCCACCACACACUCUCCCAACACACUCCACACCAUGGAUGUACGGUUUUACCCGACCGCCGGUGGAAACCCUAUCCCCGGAGAUCCACCUAACAUGGAUUUUGCGCACUGUUUGGGUUACUACAACUUCAACAAGUUCCAGAACAACAACUACAUGAACAUGGCUGAGGCAAAUGGAGCCCUGCUGGCUGCUGGUGAUACAUUUCAUACACCAAGCCUAGGUGAUGAGGAGUUUGAGAUUCCACCCAUUACACCUCCACCAGAAACAGAGUCUGGUCUUGGUUUGUCUGAAGUGGACUCUCCAUUCCCACCAAUGCCAGAGCCCCCAGGUCCACACAGGGGUCCAUUAAUCCCACAGUUCCCUCCCCAGAGCCUGGAUCUGCCUUCCAUUACCAUCUCACGCAACAUGAUGGACCAGGAAGGGAUGACUGUCAACAACGGGCAGCCUGUGAAUAUGGGUCCGGGCCACCUGCGUCAAUACCCACCAAAUCCAGCAAUGGUGAUGAAGUCCAUCAUCAACAUGAGCAACUCUAAUGGAAUGAUGGCAAGGAGUCAGCUUGCAACCAUCAACCAAUCACAGCUCAACACGCAGAACCUAAGCAUGGCAGGACCUAACAUCACCCAUACCUCCCCGUCUCCACCUGCCAGCAAGUCUGCUACGCCCUCACCCUCCAGCUCCAUCAAUGAAGACGAGCAGGAUGACAGCAACAGGGUUAUCGGUGAGAAACGACCAGCUCCCAUCGAUCCUGCAAAGAAACCCAAGACUCCAAAGAAGAAGAAGAAGAAGGAUCCAAAUGAGCCUCAGAAGCCGGUGUCUGCGUAUGCUCUGUUCUUCAGAGACACCCAGGCUGCCAUUAAGGGUCAGAAUCCCAAUGCUACUUUUGGGGAGGUGUCCAAGAUUGUGGCCUCCAUGUGGGAUGGUCUGGGAGAGGAGCAGAAGCAGGUUUACAAAAGCAAAACAGAAGCUGCCAAGAAAGAGUAUCUGAAAGCCUUGGCUGCGUACCGUGCUAGUCUGGUUUCCAAAGCUGCAGCAGAGUCAGCUGAAGCCCAAACCAUCCGCACAGUGCAGCAGACUCUAGCCUCCACCAGCUUGUCCCCAGGCCUGGUGCUGCCUUCACCUCUGAACCAGCACCCCUCGAUGUCGUCAGCAUCCCAGGCCUUACAAAGAGCCAUCGCGCCGAAGCCUCUGCAGAUGAGACUAGGAGGAAGUCAGAUUGUGACUUCGGUCACAGUUUCCCACCAAAACAUGUCAUCUGGAAUGCCACCGCAGCUGCUGGGCCAGAUGGGUGCAGGAGGAGGAGCCAUGGUGGCAGGUGCCCAGUCAACGGCAGUGUCUCAGAUGAGCCCGCCCAUGCAACCGGUGCAGCAGCCGCAACAUGCAAUGCAGCAGCUUCAACAGCAGCAGCAGAUGCAGCAGCACCUCCAGCACCAUCAGAUGCAGCAACAGCAGAUGCAUCACCAGCAGAUCCAGCAACAGAUGCAGCAUCAGCAAUUUCAGCACCACCUCCAGCAGCAGCUGCAGCAGCACCACAUGCAGCAGCAGCAGCAGCAGCAACAACAGCAGCAACAACAACAGCAGCAGCAGCAGCAACAAAUGCAGCUGCAGCACAUGCAGAUGUUGCAUCAGCAGCAGAUUCAACAUCUCCAGCAGCAGCAGCAGCAGCAUCAGUCCCAGUGUUCCCCUCCGCAGCAUUCUCCUGGCACACCACAUUCAGUGGCAGGCUCCGCGUCACUGGGCAGCCCACAACCAGCCCCCCAGCAGCAGCCGCCACAUCCCUCCCAAAUCCAGGCCCAUGCUCAGGUCCUGUCCCAGGUCAGCAUCUACUGAGCCAAAUCUCAAAGAACAUAAAUAAAUGAAAGCAUCAUUCCACGUUGCUUUUCUAAGUUGCACUUAAGAAGUGUGUAAGAUUUAGAAUGUUAUACAAAGAAGUUGUCCAUUGUUAUAGACGGAUAUGCACAAGAGUGUAUAGGAAGUUAACUUGUUAGCUGGGAUUUUGUCUAUAAAAUAGGCUGAGCUAAGACAGUUGGGGCGUCGCCCAGUGAUUGUUUAUUUGUUUGUUUGUGAGGUCUCUCAGUUGUCUCGUUAGAAUGACUGGACACAAAACGUUGGAAGGCGCGAGUCUUUUGCUGUUUUAUUUAACACUAAAGCUUUAUUUAUGAGGCCGGAGUUAUCAGCAGACCGCAGCAAAAGGACUUUCACCGAAGGAAUUUUUAUCAGCGGACUGACUGACUCACAGGACCCUUGCUGAAAACUUGCAACCACACAACACUGGUCAGUAUGUAAAAACACUUUGUUUACUGCAGGCUUUUAUCUUUCACUACUUGUUCUCACAGAUGUAAUUGUUCAAAGUUUAGCAUGAAAGAAACCAUCAAACAGAAUUGUCACAUCAGAGGCGCGGUGUGAUAUUUAAAUACGCUUAAACCACAUCACACACACUGUCACGGAGAACAAAGAGAACUGAAAAUGAAAGGUCUUGGGAUGAAGAUCUGUGGAUGAGUGAGUGACUAGACUCAGACACACACCCACCAUGAAUCAUCUAUGUAAUCACAUCAUCAAACUGUAGCUGUAAUCUGCUGUACAUGUUUUGUAGAUUCAACCCUCCAGGUGAUUUGCUGAAAAUCUUGUAACUGGCAUCCCCGUUACCCCGUAAAAAUCUCUUCUUUAAUCUAUUUGUUUUUACUUCAGAUGUCUAACAAUUAAAUUAUGUUUUUAUUUUGUGUAACAAAAAGGGAUAUUUUAUGGUAAAUAUUCAAUUUUCUGGGUCAAAGUAGAUGGUUUGGGAUUAAUGUAUUUUUAUUCUGCACCAUCAUUGUUUAGUAAAAAAACAAAAAAAUAAAAACUAGCAGAGCCAGAUUGAUGCACUGCCAAAGCUAACUCAAAAAGACAUUGGAGGUAUUUUUGCCAGCUGUGUAAAAGCCCCUGAAAAAAGCAAAUGUUGUACAUUUUUCAUAUCACCUGUUGUAAAGUUUUAAUAUGUGAGGCUUUAAUUAAAACGUUGUAAAACGACCUGUGGAUUGCUAUAUCACAUAGUGCAUUUCUGCUCUUUUAUACUUUUUUAUGAGUUACAAUAGCGGUGAUUUUCAUUUUGUUUGUAUUUUGCUGACACACCAACUGCUUCUGAAACUGUUCACAGAUAAAUGCUAUCCAUAUGGAGCGCAAGAGAAAAUGUGCCAGAAAACGUAAUUUAAUGUUGGAGUUUUUCGCUGGUCCAUGAAGUGGAAUCCUGAGACGUUCCAUCUCAAAUAUGAUAGCAGCCAUAAUUUUGUAUGAAGUAUUAUAUAUUGAUUUGUGUCACUGUUCAGAAUUAAACUAUCAAUCACAAAUAUAUAUUUGAAGGAAUCACUUUAUUUCAAAGCUCAGAUUAGCAACAGGAUGUGAGAGAUGUUUCUUUAUGCCAAGGUUCAGUACGGAGGAUUUUCACUGUGGAACACUGGUGUCUACGUGUUUUUGACUACUACACAAAUGAAAAUACUCCACUCUGCAAAAUGAGUAAAUAUAUGUAAAAUGUCCAAUGUUAUGUAGGUGGGUAUUCUGUGUAGUCUGGGUUUCAAUAAAUCUGCAAUAAAUUAGAAAGCAGUGUUAUUUACUUUAGGUGGCACAGCUCUGUAGGUAAUAGAUGUGCGUUGUGUAGUAGGGUUGUGCCAAUACAUCGAUUAUUAGAUUAAUCUCGCUGCGACACGUGACGAUUCGACUACGAUUUUCACAAUAACAAAAGGACCGGAAGACAGCCGCUGCUCGUGGAACGAAAGUAAAAGUCGCGCGUGCCGCCGGGACACCUGAAGGAAAGGACCAAAAGAAGAUGUCGGCAGCCAACUCUGCUACAGUUCGUUAAGGACUCAAUAUUAACGUUUGGAAGCAUGUUGGUUUUUAUCAAUAUGAAAAUGCAAAAGGUAUUUACAAAACCAACUCCAUAUGUAAGGCGUGUAAACUUGAAUUAAGUAUAGUGGUAAUGAUACCACACAAUCAUGCGACCACUCGUUUCCACCCCGGGUUAGGGGAUGAGAACAAUCCGCCGGUUGUUGCUGCUAACCACCGAACAAUAGAAGAAGGAUUGUCAAUACAACUUUCGAAGCGAAAGUACUUUGCCCGGAAAGCAGUUCCCUAACUCUACAACGUCACCAAAACCAAAGUACUGGAAUCACUGAAAAAGAGUGUUGGAUAGCUCCAACGUGCGAGUGUUACGUGCGGUGUUCUGCAGCUGAUGAAGUUUACUCCCACAAAUUGAUGCAGAGAAAAACCUUCCACGGUUUCCAGGAAAAACCAUCGAAAUUCUCAGGGAAACAGGCUGGUUAACAUCCUUCCUGUUUGCCCCCUUCGUUCUGAGUCAUGGCAGUGACGAGCUGAAACAUCCGAGGGAGAGGCACAGAAACUCCUGUUGGCAGUUAAAAAGAACCAGCGGAGGAAAUAAGAGUUCUGCAGAGGAGAGGUCAGAUUGAGAUGGAGCUGCACAGAGGUGUCUACAGGAUGCUGUGUCUCCCCCUCCCACAUCUUCUGCCUGGUACUGAGUCGAUACACACUGCAGCCUGAGGCCUGGCCUGGACUCCCCACUGAGUUUGUAGCUCAGAUCAAAGAGCUGCAGAGAACAAUGCCAUUUCAUGCUGGUUUUAUCUUCCCGGGGUUCUCAUUGUGUUUCCUGUGGAAAAUGGAGCCCGUCUGCAGCGUGUACACAGCUGGAUGGAAGACAAGACCUCCAGAUUGUAAGUACAAACAUGGAGUCAGAUUUUUAGGGCCUGUGCUCUUUCACAGUCACCGCAAACAUGUCAAUGAAAGUCUUUUUAGAUUUGCCCAAAAUCGGACAUUGUGUGUCUUCAACUUGCUCCUUCUUAUGAAGUUCUUAGAGAUGGUUUCUUCACGUCAUUUAUUUUUAUGGCAUGGCAAUCUGGAGGCUAUCCAAAUGUCAAGGUCAUUUAUCUUGCUGUUCAUCCGCUCCCGGGCCUUUUGUGUGGUGAGAAAGAGGCACAGGCCCAUAUUGCAUUUCAUGACCUAUUGUGUCAGAGGAGGACCCAGACAAACAGGUGGGAGCCCUAAUGUGAGCUCCUCAUGGACCAGACUCACCAAAUCCAGGACCCAGUCUUUAAUAAGACGCUCAGGCUUGCCACAGUGCUGAGACUGGCCACAGUGCUUGGUUUUCUUGGUGGUCAGAUGGCAACUUUAGGGAUGCUAAUGAAUGUACAGAAGAAAAAAAAAACACGUUUGUCCCCCACACUGCCCCCACUAUCUGCAAUCUGCGUCCCUCGGUUUAUCAUCAGUGCUGAAACCGCAGAGCCGUUUUACCAGGCCUCUACUGCAGCGGAGACAUUUAGCCUAUUGUGAUGCUAAUUCUUUCAAAUUUGAUGUCUAAAGCUUGUUCUUUUUAUGAGACUGGCUCUUUUGACAGAGUACAAGCACCUUUUUUGUCACCACACAGGAACCUGUAGUCACGGGUUGCUCUCAUUGCCCCCGAAGGCAAAUUUAAUUUAAAGUGCAUUUCCAUUUUGAGAUGAAUCACAUGUUUCCUUGUUUUGUACAGUAGAAUGGAGACAGAUCGUCUUUCUUUGGUUUUAAAGAACAGCUCUGAGAUUAAGUAAGCUGAUUGUAGCCCUUUCACCAUCAGAAUUACGGUUGGUAACCCUAGCCCGGCCUGUCUGCUCCGGGGCUUAAACACACACAGAGUUGGGGACACUGGAUGUGAAUGUCAUCUCACAGAUACUGUUUCCUCAUCACAGUCUUACCUCCAGUCCCACAACCUCUGACACAUAUUCUUAUUCAUUCUCACAGAGCUGAAACAUCUUAGUAAGACAGAAAGAUAUUCAGCUACAAAGGUUUUGUCAUUGGGCAUCAAGAUGGGAUGUCAGGCAGACUAGGAAGAAGCCCCUCAGCUCCUUGUCAGGUGUGUGUGUGUGUUUGUGUGUGAGAUUCCCAGUGCCGUACGGAGAUGUGUCUUGAAUUUAUUGAAUUUGUCAUUUUCGGCCUGGGAGUGAAGAGGGCACCUGCGUGCUGUCGUAACUCCCCGCACCAGCACCGUCACUCGCAUCACGUAGUGACAGAUGAUGUGCAGGGACAGCCCUGGAGCAAAGGAGAGUUUCUGCACAAGUCCAUCGUUGCACGUGUGCAUUAUUCAUCAGGCGCCGGGUAAACAGCUGAAAGCAAAUUUACUUUAUCAAUUUUCUCAUAAAAGCGCAGACCAAAAGUCACCCAGGGUUUCAGCACCAAGAUCGUAGCUAUUUAAGAGUCAAAUUGAUGCUCACUGUCAAAAAGAGAGCCGUUGUAGCCGCGGAUACUGACCACCCACGUCAGUGUUAGAUCAAAGAGAGGGACGGCAGUGGCUGAAUAUUCACUGACGUUAUUGGAGUGUGAUAUCUCCGACACAGUCACUAACUGUGGGAAAUGAAGUUGAGCUGAUAGAGAUUUUUCCCUCUGUUCUGGUGUCUUUUGGGGGAUUUUGUGCUGUGGUACAGUGUAUCUGUCUGAGGUCAGGAUCACAUAUGUGCCACCCACUCUGAAAGACUCCUCACUGCUGCGGUCAAGGUUGUUUUUCCUCACUGGACAACGUGUUGUAGGCAAAAGGAAAAUGGUUUCCUCAGUGAAAUGUGUAAUCAAAUGUCAGAUAAGAAUAGCAUGAGGUCAUGGCAGUUCCCACAAUGUGCUGUUUGAUAUGAACGUGUAUGUGUGCCCGUCAGUGUGCAUGACUCAGUUUUAUUAUCGUAGAUACACUUGAAUACAGAUUAUCAGCCUCCCUUUAGAGAAUUUUUAAUACUUUGCAAAGAAUUACAUUCAAGAGGGGGACGUGGUACACGCUAACUUUAGGGAGGCUCACAUUGCAGUAUUUUAUACAAAGAAUCUAAAUUUUGUCGUAAAAUUUGAUAGUACCAAGGUCAAAAUGAUGCUCCUCAAAUACUUCAAAUACUGUAUGGAGACGCUUGAGCCAUUUACUGAAUAAGGGUGUGGCGUCUACAGUUAGCCGCGGCAACGCAAAGAGUUAUUUUGAUCGUUAAUAAAGUGUUUAUCUUGACAAAUGGUGUGUUAAACAUUCAAGCAAUUAUUAAUUUAGUGAAAAGGGACAUAUAAGUGUGUCCACAAAUACCCAUUGCAUGUUUAUGUGUGUGGUCUAUGUGUGUUUGUGUGCUGGUUUAAUGCUGUGCUGCUUUUACGGCUGCUCUCCUACAUGUCUCUCUCAUGCUCAGUUAAGUCGGUGCCACCUGUGAUUAAUAAGAAAUAUCCCAUAUCCAACAGGUUAAUGUUUAAUCAAUCUCACUGCCUGAAUGGACCGGGUUGUUUUUAACCAUUGCAUCACAUUAAAUGCAUCGAGGCUUUCUGCAGCUAAAAUCCCAUUAUUUCUGCUUGCAGCUAAUGUUUAUGAGUCACAGGUGAGGAUAUUUAACACCGAGCCUUCGUGUUUGUUCUGUCUAUCAAGGACAAAGUUACUCAGGACAGAAUAGUGUGAUAGGGGUUUGAGUAUCUGAAAUGAUGACAUCAGGUUAUUUUCAUAUCAUUUUUUUUUUCAUUUUUAUCUUCCACACACGUUCUCUGUGAUGUGUGUUUCUUCGUCAGUGUGAGCUGCAGCCCUGUGACUUGACUCAGACACUUGCUCUAUGAAAUCAACACCCACUCAGCAAUAAUGCUCUCUGAGGCUUGGCCGGUUUACUAAAUAAUCGAUCCAAAUAAAAGCAGCAGAUAAAAUUGACUGACCCUCAUAUACUUAAUUAUUGCAGCUAUUUGACCAAAUAGCAUUUUUCAGGAUGCUGUGUGUCACACGCCAUCAAUAUUCCUUUAAUCGCUGUUAGUUAUUGCCCUACUUUGUUACUGCGGUGGAUGGCCGGUCUCUAGUGGUCAGUUUGGCCCAGGGCAACGGGGAAUGAGAUGCUAAAUGGUUGCGCAAACAAUUUGAUUAUGCCGUUUAAUUCCCGUCAUAUAGAUCUGCAGGGCCUGCUGAUGCACUCACUUUAGUCAGACUGUACAGAGAGCAGAGUGCUGACCUGCCCACAUCACAACUCCACCACCAGCAGUGGCCCUGAAAGAGCUGGAUUUCCCCUCCGUGGCCUCACAAUCAAUAGUGUCUGCUCUCUGUGGGUAUGGUGUGUGUCUUACAUAUUUCACCUCCUACCACAGAAGUGUCAGCUCCUGUUUGAUGGCUAUGACUGAGCAGUGUUUGGCGUAUGAGGACGUGUGUUGGAAAAUCUGACAUUCGUGACCAUUUGGGAUUAGUUUUUAGCCAAGUUAGGAAGACCUGACCAUGAGUUGACGAAUAUGGUCAAAGAUCAUAUCUGCAGAUCUAUCUGCAGAAGUGAAGCCACAGAAGCCCUCACCAGUUUAGCAAUAGUUCAUUAUCUAUGUGUAAGUCUAGAGGAAAGGCUACAUAGCAAUCAAUUUAUGACAUCAAUAAACAUUUUCCUGGAGAAAUUCUCUGGGGUUAAAAAGAAAAACUAUGGUCACUGUGGCAGGAAACCUCUGUAAAUAUCCAAACCUUCGUAAAGUUUGUUUGAUUUUGAGACCUAAAAAUUUGACUUUUCAAAUAAAGAACUCUCUCCAUCUUUACUGUACAGCCGGCGGCUGCUGUGGUUGAGGGAGAGUUGAGGGUUAACUCUCGCCAUCGAAACAGACCAUGUCAGCCAAGUGAAAAAUGAGAAAUGAGGGCAAGCUCUUAGGCCCACUUACCCAGUUCCCAAAAUUAACAUUUCAAUUCAAAACCAAUAAUAACGCAUUGUGUCUGGCAUGAAUGAGUGCUGCUGCAAAGGGAAGGCGAUACCUCCUGUUCCUGUGUCACUGAAAAAGCUCCUUCAUCUUCUGCUAAAGGGCCCACACAGUCUGAGGUCAGCCAGUCAGCCUUGGUUACACUGCACAGGCAUGCCUGGCUGAACGGCUCCAGCCUCCCAGUGCAUUUACAAAAGCCAGGAACUGCAAACACACACACACUCACGGUAAUGCUAAUAUCAUGCUCCGCAAGUUGAUGGCUCUUAAGUUUUGCCAAGGACUACUUAGCUCAUUGAUACAAAAGUACACUUUGUAUGCCGUGAACAAAACUGCAGUAACUAACCGGGGUAUUCAACCGUCCUGCAGGACAUUGUGAUUUAAAACACAAUAGUUAUAUAAGGUGAAAUAAUCUCUUCCUUCCUUCUACUGGUCCAUUCUGUAGCUGAGAUACUGCACCAUAUAUCUGUGAUAUCCACUCUUUGCCAUGGUAUAUCUGUAAAAGGACUGACUGGAUGUAUCUGUUUGUGCUAAACCCUGUGAUGUUCUUAGUGACACAUGAUCCCAGCUACUCCACAGAGGCCACAAACCAAACACUUUAUUGAGGGUUUUUUUUUUUUUUUGGGGGGGGGGCAUUUGGCAUUUCUCAAUGGGCCUGGGAGCCAGGUUCUGUGGAUCUGCCAAAAAGGUGUCACAGCCAACAUCUCCUGCAUGCUCCCCUCCAUCAGAGGGCAGAUUAUCCAACAGGGAGAUGAGAGAGAGAGGGACAAGGGCUACUAUCAAGUGAGCACCAUUUGUCCUGAAACUGAAGGUGUGUAAUAGCUAUCUGCUAGUUCCCAGUACUGUGCACAGGAUAAAAACAAGUUACAGAGUGCUGUACAGCUCCCAGUAUCAGGUGGAUUUGUCACUGCUACACUGUCAUUCAUUGUUGUAGGGGGGAGCUGGACCCAAACCCCAGUUAUAUACUCCAGCUAUAUAGAUAUAGAUAGUGUAGAUACUUGGUUCACUUCUAACUCACCACAUUGUUCAUUUUAGAAAAAAUAAUUUUGAACAUUACAUUUUGAAAACAUAUAACACUAGAGCCAGUUUUUCUCUCUGAAUCUUGUGUAGUAAAUAUGGUGCACAUUGUUUUCAAACUAAUCCUGCAUGAUUUUGGACAGUAGGAGGUACUGGAACAUCUUACCUACACGGGGGAGAUCAUUCAAACUCCAUACAGAGUAUCAGUUACCACUUGCUGUAAUACAAUUACUUUUUAAAAGGUUUGUUGUAGUUUACAAGUCAGGAGAGCAAUAACUUCAAUUUAUAUAACUCAUAGAUAUAUUUUUUGGUAGGUGGUAACACAUCCUAUGUUUCCAUGAACUAUGUGUACAUGAACAAUGCUAGCACUGCUGUGUUAUCCCACAAGUGCUGAUUUGAAAUUCAGAGCAGCAAUAAUUCACACUAACCUGUUUAUUAUAGAGCUCAGUUCAGACUAACAAAAUAGUCUUAAAUCAAAUGUAGUGUAAACACACUGACUGUGAGGUUCAUGGACAACAGCAACCACAUCAGCACGACCAACCAAAAGGCUCGCUCCACUAAUAGGGCCAUGUUGGGAUUGCUGCCUGCUUAGGUUGUCAAUGAAUCUGUCUUGAUCUGAGGAUUAGGCCAGUCGUUCCAAUUACAGCUUGGUGCCUUGAGGUUUGUCAGGCAUUGACACAGACGCCUGUCAAUGGAUCCUGUGCAUAUUCCAGGACCCCGCUGAGUGACAGGCGCCAACACGACAGGAGACUUUGAAAAACAGUGGCUGUCUUUGUGCGUUUGUGUGUAGGUGUCUAAUUUGAUAACAUUUUUCUAUCCACCUGCCUUUAGCUAUAAUGGUACAGACACCGUGUACAGAUACAAGCAAACAGUUGACUUCGGAUCAGGGUGUCAAACUAAAAAUUCACAGUGGGCCAAAAUUGAAAACUGGGACGAAGUCACAGGCCAUACUCAAUAUUUAUUGAAAAAUUGACAUCAAUUGUGCAUGUUUUCCCUUUUUUCUAGAUAUGUAAUGAUUAAUUGUUUUCAUAUGGAAACAAACUUAGGUUUUGCCUAAACAUUGAAUCUGGCACAACCAAAGCUCAAUAUUAUAAACAUGUGAGAAAAUACAUUUGAAAUAAAACACAUAUCAGUGAUAUUUGUUUCUUAUGUUGUCCUCUAUCUCUAGCCUUUUGUGUUCCCAACACCAUAACAACCAACUAAAAAUGUGUGUGAUAUGAUAUAGUGCGUAUACUGCUAAUACUAUAAAUUCCACCAGUAUAUAGUGGCUGUAUACUGGCAGGCCAGCUCUAAUACACAUUUGAUAUGAUCUUGCGGGCCAAAUAUAAUUAAAUCAUGGGCCAGAGUUUGUCCACGGGCCUGAGUUUGACACCUGUGCUUUAGAUCAAGGAACUAAACUAGACUCCCAGAUGUGCUGGGACUCACCAGCAUAUAGAAAGUGACUCUGAUGCCUGCAAAUAUCUUGUCAUCCUAAACAAGCCACAACACGCGCGAGAGAGAGGAGAGAGAGUGAAUGAGAGAGAGACUUUGUGAGUUUGUUGGUGAGGGCUGUUGGGGGUUCACUGCGUAACAUGUGCAAGAAAUAGAGCAUCCUGAUUGGCCAGGCCUGCUCAGUAGACUAAUCAGCUCUUUGUAGCUUUUAUCAUUUUCCUCCCAGACCAAAUUGCUGUGCCUAAAAGCAUUAUGGUAAAGGGAGAAAAAAAAACUAAACUCACUUCACCUCAGAUUUCACUGAAUUGCACCCUUUUCUAAUAAGGGUAAAAUAUAAUGACAGUGUAGUGUGAAAUAGUGUUUACAGCAGUAGUGUCAGCAUCAACCAUGCCAGGUUAAACAACUGUGAGAAGUGUGUGGAGCUGAGUUUAACAAGUGUCCUUCCGUGUGCUUACUCUUCAGGUCCGUGUGGUUGUCACAUAAAAAAACAAUCUUGAAAAUUAAAGUUGCAAUGAAACAUAAAUAGGUAUAGUAAAAUGAAUCUACAUUAUUCUGGGUACAUCAUCCAGUUUUCUUGUGCCUUUUUAGCAGGGGGAUGGGGAGAGGGUGGGUUGCAAAGAUGGGCUACACCUCCUGGGAAAUAUUCUUUACAGUUUGGGAUGUGUGUCUGUGAGUCAGCUGAUGUGUAUCUACAGAUCAGCCAUGAGUUUGCAGUCUGUCUGAGGAACAUGACAUGGCCAGGGCCAGAUACUGCUCAUAUGUUCAUCUCUGCAACCCCCUCCUAAUACACACACACACGCACACACAGACACACGCUUUCUCUCAGGCUUGUCACCUGGAGUACCCGCAGUGACUUAACACCCACAGGGGUGAGUCAUGUGACUGCUGUGUCCCAUGUUUGACACUUAAUAUUCACCACCUGGUGUUAUUUACAUGGCAUUAAAUGGGAGAUGGACACUGCCCUCGCUGACUCCCCCUUAUCUGAUCAGGAUAAAAUGACCAGACCUGCUGUUAGAAAAUAUUAAAUAAAAUAAUAUCAAAAGCCUCACGUUACCAGUCUGUAAUACAGUUUUUUUUUCAUAGCGCUUCCUCAGCCGUAGUUUGCCAGGCGUAAUGUUAUCCUGGAGCAAUGUUAGCAGGCUGUAAUUAAAUAUGAAUGGAGUGCUGUUGGUGCUCGGCCAGUUUGUUUCAUCGAGUGCUGGCCUGGAGAGAAACACACAUCAAAUCAGUUGUGUGGGUGUCACUAGACCCACUAUGGCGCUCUCCACGACAGGGAAUCUCAGUGGUCCUGUGUUCAAAGAAGGGGGCCCAAGUUACCGAGGCUGUAUUCAGAUUCAACCUAUUAAAAAUAGCUCACAAUAACAAACUUUUGGUGGAAAAAGAGUGUCUUUCUCGCUUCACCAGAAAUUCAUGGAGAACAGAUAUAACAGAUAGUUCAUUUAUUCUGUGUAAUUAGAUGCUGAGCAGGGCUAAUACAUAUGGUGUCAUUAAAUGGAAAUGUAGAGUUGUAAAAGGAGGACUGUAUGAUACAGGCAGCCUUUUCUAAAGAGCUGCUCUGACUGUGAGCUCCUUCUUCUCGCUGGGAGGGACCUCCUUUAUUUGAGGCAACUCAAGCAUGAAUUCUGUGAGGGAAAGAUUGGGGACAGUUAUAUUCACUUCUGUUUGUUGUCCGGUUGAAUGAAAUGACCUUUAAGAUAAAGCAAAUCUCUUGAGCAACUCAGGUGAAGAAAGGAGCGCACAAAUAGAGUAGAUGUGCUGAAAGGAACUUUUUAAAUGCAGCACUGAAGGAGGUUUGCUGGAGCAUGCUUAGUUAAAAGACUGCUGUUUGCUGGUAACCCUGCUCUGCCACCCGGACAUUGUCACAUGGAAGGAGGCGCUGGCUGUGGCUGCUGCGUACUUUGAUUCAAACAAAAGCAAACACCAGGGAUUUUCUGUUUUUCAUUUUAUUUUUGUUCAGGAAUAGUCUUGUAAUGAUUCGCUUGGGAGAAUGAAAUGGUGGAAUAAUGCAGGCUAAUCUAGAGACUGGUCAAUUAAGUUGCUCCUUCAACCUACAUUCACAGUAUGGGCCUGUAAUUAGCCCUCCAAAAGCAAAGGUAUUUUUCGCGGAUGGGUCUCUUUGAAUUCCUCCUGACUCCGGCUGGAAAACGUUGAGUCUCUGUGGCUUUGCAAAAGGCCUGUGAGCUACAGUCUCCCAGUGACUAAAUGCUAUAGUGUGUCCCGAAAAAGAGGAAUUAAAAGUCAAGGCUGUGAAAGUACAGUCAGUGAUUAAAACAACAAAAUGAACCCUUUCAUUCACAGCCACGUUUUGUUUUUUCCUGGUAGACUGGUGUGCCUCCACUCACCAACUCUGCCACCUACAAUGAGGGCAGACUCCAGGCUGCCUGCGUACUUUUGGUGAGGAAGUUAAUCAUAUACCUCAGAGUAGCACAACACAAGAAAAGCGGUGUUUGUAAACCUGCCCCCACGGCUCUGCCCAUAAUUGGCUCUACAAGUGACUGCCUCGGCUUCCUGUCAGCAUUAUAUCUGUGUUCACGCCGGCCCAGCUGCUGAGACAUUUGUUCCUCAGAAACAUGGCUGCUGUUUUGAUCGUUGGACUGUGAAAGGAAAAGUAGCCUCCACAAUGGCAGUAAUGUGUGGAGGAUUUGUCCUGGCUGUGGAGAAAGACCAGUCUCAGGCCUAAAAUGAUGAGGAUAAGAAAGACUUUAGUGAUGUAGAAGCUAGUUAUUCAUUUAUUCUUAUUUUUUUCUACUAAAAUUCUAUCCUGCAAAAGAAAACACAACAUCAUCGUAACUAGUUUUAGGAGAGGUGAGGUGUAACCAGUCGCCCAAAUGUUUUUAUAAACAUGUUGUUUUGAUAAACUUAUCUGCCUUGCAAGAGGUGGUAGAGGUGGAGUGUGCUGGAACUAUUAACAUAGUUAAUAUAAAUCAGUUUAAAAAAUUCUCCUCAAUAUUUAAAAGAAAACACUUGGCUGUAGGGAUGAAACAAUAUGUAUGAGGUUUUUAUACAAAAACCUAUAAAAAAUAUAAAUAGUGGCCAUUGUUUCUUCUUUAUUAUUUUUUUUAUUCACAAAUGAGAAAGGUUCAGGCACAAUACUGCCUCCUACUGGAUCUAUUUUUGACCAGUAAAUAUACUCAAAAGUAAAAGUAGUGCUCUUAAAAAUAAAAAAGAAUGAAAAGAGAGAGAUGUUUCAUUUGUAGCAUUGCUGAAAACAAACUGUAGACCAAAUACCAGCAGUGAUAAUAUCUAAGAGGAUUUAUUUUAAAUUAAUUUUUGCUUUAUAUAUUUUAACAGGAGAGAGAAACUUACAGUAAAUGUAAUUAAAAGGAUAAAUAUACAGGAAUAAUUGUUUUGUUUUUUUCAGUUUGGCUCUUGUGGGUUGAAAAACAAAAAAAUGUAAAUUCACCAAAAGAACGAAAAUACUCUAAGUACAAAUAUUAAAACAUGGGCGUUAUAAAAACAAUCAAGGUAGUGAAUUUACAAAGUUACAUGUUUUAAUUUUUGAGAAGCACAAAUUAAACAUCUCUUGACACCCACAGAGGUGUGACUGCUCCACAGUGGAGAGAAUGAACGGAACAAAGACGGCGACUGAAGCCAAGCAUCUUUUUGGCAUCUCUCAGCGGUAAACAGAUUCUUAUUAGGUGGCAGCAGAAAACUUUUUUUUUUCUGAAGUUGACACAUGGCAAGAAUCGUAGAUUAACAUCGAAAAUGUUAAAAUGGUGCUAGUGACACCUCGACUUGCAGAGGAAUGUAACUUCCUGUGCAGCUGUCAAGGAAGGCUUUCCAGCACCUCAGGCUGCUGCUGCUGCUGCUGCUGCUGCUGCUGCUGCUGCUGCUGCUGCUGUUGUUGCUGUUGCUGUGUCUGAACCUCUGCUAAUAGAGCGUUCAAUUAAAAGGGGCGCACAUGGAAAACACUUAGAAAAUGUUUAUAAUUAGCCACAGUCACCAUAAAAUAGGGUUAAUGAUAAAUUUGCAAUAGUAACCAUUUGUUUGCUACAGUCUGGGUUUUUGAACAAAAAACAUGUCUUUAACUUGAAGGCUGUCCUGAAGUUGUUUUUUGUUGAAGCAAAAAAAA